AUGUCUGCGGAUCAGUAUCCUACACCGCAAAAGUCGCCGAGUCCGGUUCAGACGACAUCUACUGCACGUAUCGUUCCUUUGACUUGUCACGGGCAUUCAAGACCUGUCACACAUCUAUCAUUCUCUCAAUUUGUUGAUGAUAACUACUUUCUUAUUUCUGCUUGUAAAGAUGGCAAUCCAAUGCUACGUGAUGGUAUUACUGGCGAUUGGAUUGGGACUUUCAUUGGCCACAAGGGUGCUGUGUGGCAGGCUAGACUUUCUCGCAAUGCUCAUUUGGCAGCUACUGCAUCCGCGGAUUUUUCAGCAAAAAUCUGGGAUGCAUUCACUGGCGAGACAUUGCAAACGCUGCAGCACAACCAUAUCGUGAGAUGUGUGACUUUCUCUCCGGACGACACCCAGAUAUCCACCGGAGGGCCGGAGAAGAAGCUGAGGAUAUACGAUUUGAAUAAGCCUGACGCUACAGAGAUUGGCCCUGGUGCACACAAUGGAACUAUCAGAACGGUGUCAUGGUCGGGGGCGAACCCUAACAUUGUCGUCUCCGGUUCCGAGGACAAAUAUAUUCGAUGGUGGGAUGUGCGAAAGAGGGAUAUUGUGUCUGCAUACAUGGUCGACGAACCCCUUGCCAGCUGUGAAUUCUCAACUGAUGGGAAGAUAUUGAAUGUAUCGGCUGGAAAGUCGGUAUACUUCUUCGAUGGGGUGUCUGGAGGGCUGUUGAAGAGCGUCAAAACAGAAUACGAUUGUGCGACUGUGACACUCGAUGCACCAACCAGGAAGUUUGUCACGGGAGGCAGUCAGGAUACUUGGGUUAGGGUAUAUGAUUUUGAUUCUGGGAAAGAACUAGAGGUGAACAAGGGCCACCAUGGACAUAUUUGGUCUGCUAGCUUUUCGCCAGAUGGGAAUCUUUAUGCGACUGGAUCUGAAGACGGGACUAUCAAGUUGUGGAAAUACACAGCUCAACCGUACGGUCUUUGGCAGUAG